UUGAAGCUACGUAAAAUUUGUGUGAUAUAUUUGGGGAUAUUUGUCUCUUAACAAUAUUUACCAAAAACGCAAGGAAUAUUGUGAUUUUUUGCUUCAUUUCACAACUGGACAAGUUACUGGGCGGUACGCUUUGGGGUGGACAUGGAAGUUGCCGCGGAGACGCGAGGAAAGGAAGAACGCCCCAAAGUGAGGAAGAUGAAUGGCGCGAUUGAAAAAAGCGGAGCGCCUUCAGGCCACAAGGUUCCACGCAACUAUAAAUUGCUCGUGGAUCCAUUCCUUCAGAAGGGAGCCACCAAAGUAUAUCGAUACGAUGGAGUUAUUCCGGGAGAUCCCACGCAACCUCCCAUCGUACUACGGGAUCCCCGGAAACCCCUGGCAAGGCUUCGAACACGCCUUGACCCCCUGGAUUUACCUGUGCCACGGUUCCGGAUCGAUCAGAACUACGUGGGGGAGCCGCCAGCGGUGGAAAUUACAAUAACAAAUCUCAAUGACAACAUAGAUAAGGCUUUUCUAGGUGAUAUGAUCCAUAAAUGUGGUCCUACGGAUGAGAUGCACAUCUACUACCAUCCUGUAUCAAAUAAGCACCUGGGUGUAGCUAGGAUUGUCUUUGAAACAGUCAAAUCUGCACGGGGAUGCAUUGAACGCUUCAAUGGGACAUCUGUGAUGGGAAAGGUGUUGCAUGUUUUUCACGAUGCUUUCGGGGAUGAGUGCAAAAAGUUCCUGGAGAAUGCUACGAGUGAGAAAAAAGCUCCUUCAGUUCCAUCAGCACCCUCAACUGUACCGUCAAUGGAUGAAAGGACAAAGUCAGACACAGACGGAGAUUGGGAUCUGGAACUUGAAGCAGCAGCUACAAAGUGCAAAGAGAAGUCUCGAGAUUAUGAGCACUACUCUUCUCAUAGCGGGGACUAUGAGGGUGAUAGGCAUGACAUGGAUAAAUAUAGUGAGAAAAAGGACAGUAGAAGGUGGGAGAAGGAAGGACGGAAGCACCACAGAUAUCACCACAAAAGCGAUCGAGAAAAGGAAAGGCGUGAUAGGGAGCGUGAGUAUGAGAUGCCACGAGAGCACCACGAGCGAGAUCAUCAUCGGGAUAGGGGUGAGAGAAAGAACAAAAAUCGCAGGCAUCGAGAUCGACGAGAAAGGAGUAGUAGCAUCGACAAGUAUGCGUACAGUAGUCGAUCAGAGAGGGAGUACUCAGUGUCAGUCGAUGGCUAUGGCACUCCAAUGUCCAGUGACAUCAUGUACAGCAGCACCCACUCGAGCUACAUGGGUGCUCACUACGACUCAAUGUACCCCUAUACGGCGACGGCCUAUGCUUCGACACAGCAAUCCCAUGGAUAUGGACAGUAUGUUGGGACAUCUGUGUGGCACCCAGGAAUCCCAUGGACAGCCCCAAAUACAGCUCCACCUCCGCCAGAAGAUGAAGAUUGGGAUGCUGAACUAACACCGGCACCCCCACCGCCAAUGGAGGAGAAGCCAAAGAAGCAAAAGGGUGGUAAGGAAGAGCAGACCGAAGAGGAAGCUGCAGCAGUGCCAGAUACGGAAAAUUCAAAUCUCGAUCUCGAUACUCGAAUUGCAAUGAUGUUCAAGGAUAAAGCAGCACCGCCAUUCCUCCAGUUCGACAGUAGUGACAGUGACGGUGAGGGCAAGCAUAAGGAAGAGGGUGAGAUUAGUGAGCAAGUGGCUGUAGAAGUGGAAACGACGGAAGUGAAGGUGGAAGAGAAGUGUCGGGAGAGUUCUCUUAGUCCACCGGGCACACCACCGAGUCCCUUCCUUUCACUCGAGGCGUACCAGGAAGCGCGUAUUUUUUCGCGAAAAAUGUUGCGGAAGAUGGAAAGGGCGGCAAAGAAGUUGACGCUCGAUGAGGGUGCCAGUGAUAUCUCGUCUAGUGAUGAUGAAAUUCUCCUCGAGAAGGGUACUUACAGCCCCUUGCCUCCGGAUAAGAUUGAGAAAGACGAUGAUCAGAUGUCAUUAUCAUCGUUAUCGUCGACAGAGCCCAAAAUUGAGGAAGAUCCUCCGGCGUCCGCGGAAACUGCGGCACUUCCAGUAAAACACGACUUUCAUCCCUCGUCGGCAUAUCUCUACCCAGCUGGAGCACAUCCUUACUAUCACUACUCGUCAGACUACGAAUCCUAUCAGUAUAUGAAUCCCUACAUCUCAGGAUUUAUGAUGAACUCAGCUUCGGGGUACUACCACAUACGACAGGAGAUUCAACAGGAGCCACCCAAGGACUCCAGGGAUCCCCAUGCUGGUACGAUAUCGGCUGUUGUGGAUCAAGUGACGGCUGAGUUAAAGCAAAUUCUCAAGAAGGAUUUUAAUAAGAAAAUGAUCGAGAAUACUGCGUACAAGCGCUUUGAGUCAUGGUGGGAUGAGCAGGAGCACAAGAAAAUUACAACAAAAGUCCCCGAGAUUGGGAUAAAACCACUCGGGGAAGCUAAUCAGAUUCGCACCGAAAAGAAGGCUCCAGACAUCAAUCAAUUAUUGAAUAGCAAUCUUGAGAAUCUUGACUUGAGCAACUACUCAGCGAGCUUUGGUCUGGGUUUGCGUGCUACAAUUCCCAAAAUGCCGAGCUUCCGACGAAAGAAACCAUCUCCUGUACGCCAUGACGAUGAGGAUAGUAGAAAGCACCUCAGUGACCAGGAGGAGAUGGUUCAGGGUUCUGAUACGGAGAAAGAGGAUGUUCAGCAUAAAUCGAAGAUCUCAUAUAGUCGCCCAGUGCAGCAGCAUCAUCGUGUACGGAAACGCAAGGGUAGCACAUCUAGUUUCUUUACAACAUCCAGUGAGGAUAGGAGUAGUGGUAGUGACUCGGACACAAGUUCUGACUAUUCUUCGGCAUCAGAACUCAAUGAGAGACGAGUGCCACAGAAGAGGGAUAAUGAGAAGCGCAUAUAUUCGGAUUUCGAGAGCGAUGACGAUGAUAUAACGCCGACAAAGGUUGUGGAAUCGGUAGCAAGGCGCAUCGGAAGUGCCAAGAUGCAAGGAGUAUAUUCUGACACGGAUACAGAGGAAGAGACCGAAAGGGAAUAUGUAAAGAGGAAGAAGGAAAGGAAGUCUCCAGCUGCUGCAGAGAUUGUGACGAAGAAUAAGGAGAUCGAGAAGGAUGAUACAAAAAUUCCAAGAACACCCGGACGAGAAGAAGAUACUCGACCACCUUCAGAAGUUGUGGCACCUCCGAAGAAAUCUGUCUUCAGUCUCGAUAGAUUGUACAGUGAUUCGGAUGAGGAGAGGGAAUAUCAAGAGAAGAGGCGUCGCAACACAGAGUACAUGGAACAGAUUGAGAGGGAAUUUGAGGAAGAGCAGAGGCGAAAGCGUGAAGAAGAAUUGGCUGAGCAGGACAAACAGAAGAAGAAGGAAGUGGAUAAAGUUGUUGAGGAAUUGCCUCCAGUUCCAUUCAGUCCCAUGGAUCCGGAAACACCAAUUCUCACGAAACCCCCACCGACACCAGGAGCAAAAUUAUUUGACAACACGGAUCCUUUAGGAAAAUUCAUGAAGGAUAAGGAGGCAGGAGUGUCGGAUAAGAAGCGAAAGAAGCCAAUGCCUGAGACGAAGGAGAUGCCGAAGAAAAAGAAGGCAGCAAGUGAUGUUAAUGGGUACAUUCAAUCAUUCGAGCAAUUUGUCAAGGAGCACGAUACAAAGGAACCCAAAGGUGUUGCUGAGGAGAAACCUCCGGCAGCAAAGUACUCUCCCAGCUCAUCAGAUGGUGGUUCAAGUCAAGCAAGUCAGGCGAGUCAGGUUGCGCUGGAUCAUUGCUACUCAUUGCCACCAUCAGCAUCACCAACUUCAUCUUCCCAAUCAUCCCAUCAGCAAGCAACUGCAAAUGCUGUAAAGGUUACAUCAGAGAUUCUGGCUCACGAUCAUGGCUACACCACGAGUGCAUCUAUGCCAGAGGCUACUACACAAGCCGUAGUUCCAGCAGCUGCCCUCAAAGUUGCAGCAAAGCCCAAGAAGGAACCUGCGGCAAAGGCGAAGAAGGAACCGGUGAAGAAACAAACGGAGAAACAGGUGAAGGUUGCACCUUUCGUGCCACAGCUCAAGUAUGCAAAGAGAGAUACCCACGGAGAACUUCUCGUGCUCUAUGAGUUCCUUAUGAAGGGCAUCGAUGCCGAGGAUAGUGAAUAUUUGCGCCGUAGCUAUGAAUCCCUCCUGCAAGAUGAUGCAAAUAGCUAUUGGCUAAAUGCUACACAUUGGGUGGAUCAUUGUUCUACGGAUAGGACGUGGGUGCCGCCGACACCGACAAAGAAGAGGAAACGCGAUGUGGAUGACCUCAAGCCACACGCUUCGGGAUCAGCACGAACCGAAGGGUACUACAAAGUGGAUGUGCGGGAGAAGCAGAAGCACAAGAUGACCCACAUAAAGGCUGAAGGAGCUGGUGCUGAGUCAGCUAGUAAGGUCCUUGUGGCGAAGAUGCAAGGAAUCUCGAGGGAGGCACGCUCCAAUCAGCGACGUCUGUUAACUGCCUUCGGUGCAAGUACCGAAUCUGAAUUAUUAAAGUUCAAUCAAUUGAAAUUCCGCAAGAAGCAUCUGAGAUUCGCCAAGUCGCAAAUUCACGACUGGGGAUUGUUUGCACUGGAACCAAUUGCAGCCGAUGAGAUGGUGAUUGAGUACGUGGGACAAAUGGUUAGGCCCGUAGUGGCUGAUUUGCGGGAGAAUAAGUACGAAGCAAUUGGCAUUGGGAGCAGUUAUCUUUUCCGCAUUGACAUGGAGACCAUCAUUGAUGCGACAAGAUGUGGAAAUCUCGCGAGAUUUAUCAAUCAUAGCUGCAAUCCCAACUGCUAUGCAAAAGUAAUUACGAUUGAAUCGGAAAAGAAGAUUGUCAUCUACUCUAAACAACCAAUUGGGAUUAAUGAGGAGAUCACCUAUGAUUACAAAUUUCCUUUGGAAGAUGAAAAGAUUCCGUGUCUCUGUGGGGCUCAAGGAUGCCGCGGGACUCUCAACUAAUUCGGUGAUAAUAUAUUCAAAGUUCAGAGAAGGUUUCCUUCUCAAUUUUUCCGCCGAAUUAGUUAUCAUUUCACCAUUCUUCUGAAAUGUAUAGGAUAAAUUUUUGUGUAAAAGAAUUCUAACAUUAUAAGUUUAUUGUACUUUCAGCAAAAAAAAAUAUUUUUUAGUUUUUUUUUCUUUUUAGUGUAUAGUUGUCUUAAGUUAAGGAAAAAUGAAAAUUUUAGUUAAUAAAAUCAAGUGAUUUGAAAAUAAAAAAAUAAAAGAAUAAAUGUAAAAAGUUCAACGUGUCAAUCGAUUUAUCCUUUGCUAUAUUAAUAACCUUCUGAAGUUAUGUAAAGAAACAGACAAAAAAAAAGAAAUAUCUUUUGUAAUAAGGAUCAAAUUAAUAUGUUGUAAAAUAAUUUAUUCCUCGAGAGACACAGAGUCAGAGAAUCAAUAAAAAUUUCAUGAUUAA